CCCUCAGGCCCGGCCCCACCCGUGGCAGCAGUGUGAGAGGAUGGGGUGACAGUCACCACUUCCACAGCCACUCAUUCAAACCAAAUCGAACUAUCGACUCGGGUGACAAAGUGCGGAGAGAAACAGAAUUGCAGAGAUGGAUUGGAUGGCGGAGAGGAUGGACUUCAGUUUGCUGCACAGUGUGAUUGAGGGGGUCCCGCUGUCCCCAGAGGAGCUGUUGUGCGCGGCCGAGGACACCCUGAAGCUGCUGCCGAGUAUCCCGGAGCUGCCGGGGGGGGCCCCGAGCGAGGCCCUGGAGCCAGCGGCCUCCAGCGAUCAGGUGGCCCCCCACACACCUCCACCUUCGCCUCAGUUCACUUCCUCGACCAUUGACCCGAGCCAGUUGAACAACCUUACUUCCUUGACGACCGUUGUGUGUCAUUUGAGCGAUGACACUUCCUUGACGAGCGAAACGCAUCACUUGCUUGACCUGCCGUCUUUGAGGACGACUGGAUGUCAUUUCAGUGACUGGAGCCUGUCAGUUACCGGAGACAUUGACGAGCCAGUGGGGAACGCCGGGGAGCUGGCCGGAGGCCAGGACGAUCCCAGUUUCCUCCCAGUCGCUGCGGGUACCAAAUCAGAGUCGGCUCCAGGAAGAGAGAGUGACCGCGGACCUGGUCUGUCAGAGCCCGGGAGCCGGGGUGUGGCCAGGCUGGUCGGCGGGGGGAGAAGCCGGCCCAGUGGUGGCGGGGCUGGAGCCAGGCGGACUCCACCCCCCGGCAGCAGGAAGCACAAGAAGAUGGAGCAGAACAAGAGCGCGGCGGUCCGGUACAGGUGGAAGAAGCGAGCGGAGCAGCGGGCGCUGGAGCAGGAAUGCGGCAACUUGGAACAGAAGAACAAGACUCUGAGCGAAACAGCGACUUCGCUCCUCACAGAGAUCCAAGUCCUGCAGAACCUACUGGCGGACAUCGGCAAAGCCAAAUCCUGACCAUCGCCCUGACCUGACCUCCUCCCAUUAACCUGUGGUGGUGGGGGGAG